AGUCACACGCCGCACGUCGAAGCCUUCGCGUCCGAUGGCGCUCCGCCACGGCGCCAAUUCGUCACGCAUAUCGCUGUUACCAUAUGAUUGUUAGUUGUCCCGCCUCUCAGAAUCUGCGACGCUGUUUACGGAGGUCUCUUUGCUACCGGCGUUCAGGACAAACUCAGGUCGAGCGAACACAUGCUACUGCUGCCGCAGAGUUGAGGCCUGAUGGCAGCGGAAAGUGGCUGCGACGACCGGUCAGAGGGUCACACUGCGCCUUGCACACCGAUGCGGCUAGUGGAUCCACAGCUUCGAGAUGCGUCUGCGACAGAGCCUUCGGAACACGAGGCACAUUCACCAGAUCAAGACGAGCACGGCCUCGUGUGUGGCUUAGCUGGGUGGACUCCCAGUUGGCUCCAACGCUUCGCCACUGUUAACACGUACACUGUGUUAUGGGGGCUGCUCGGUAUGGCCGAAAUAGCUAUCAACUCCUACCUCGGCGCUAUCAUCAACACUCUCGAGAAAUCCUUCGAGCUGACCACCACUACUUCAGGUGUGAUCCUGGCGGCUUUCGAGGUGUCCAUGUUGGUGUGCACGGUAGUGCUGAACUACCUGGGCAGCCGCGGGCACAAGCCGCGCUGGGUAGCCGCGGGUGCGGCGGUGCUCGGCGUUGCCUGCUUCUCGAGACUGGUCCUCUACCUGGCCCUGGGGCCAGGCCGACGAGCACUCGCCCUCACCAGGGAGCACGGCGUGCUGGAGGACCACCUCUCUACCAACAGCACUGCUCCAGCGUGGCAGCUGUGCGGAGCCGCAGCGCCUGCCGCCGACUGCCCGCGUGACAGCGCCGCUGACGUCACAGCAGCGGCCGCCGAUACACUCGGCACCCCGGCGUUGCUGCUGGUCGCUUCUCAGCUGCUGAUGGGCGCCGGGGCCUCCCUGCCGCUGUCUCUGGGAAUCGCCUACAUGGACGACAACGCACCCAGAAACAAAGCUCCGCUGCUCAUAGCGGCGUCGCAGUUCGUGCGCAUGCUCGGACCGACCGUGGGCUACCUGUUGGCGUCUUACUCGCUGAGCAGAUUUGUUGCACCUGGCCUCACACCCCUUAUCGACGAGACAGAUCCGCGCUGGAUUGGCGCCUGGUGGAUCGGAUGGGCGCCGCUGUCGGCGUUGGCUCUGCUGCUGGCUGUGCCGCUGAUGCUGUUUCCCCGCGAGAUGCCGGCCACGCGGCAACGCUCGUCCAAGUCGCCACGUCGAGUGCUGGAGAGGUCACUAGCCGACUUCUGGAAGAGUACACGCCGCCUGCUAGGUAACCGCCUUAUGAUGUGCAACAUCUUCAGCAGUGUACUGUUCAUGUUCGGCAUGUCAGGCAGCUGGGCGUACAUGCCCAAGUACAUGGAGACGCAUUUCCAGCAAUCCGCAUCCACCUCGAGCCUCGUAUUAGGUUCCUUCGGCCUGGUGUCGACCGCGCUGGGCCUGGCCGCAUCGGGCGUCGUCAUCUGGUGGUUCCAGCCCCGGCCUCGCUCUCUGGCAGCCUGGAAUGUUGUUGUUGAACUCAUCGACGCAUUUGUGCGGGUCGGCUGGGCCUUCAUAGCAUGCGAAGAUGACUACAUGUCCGGCGCCCGGUCGUCAGAUGGACGGUGGAACAUGACGUCAGACUGCAACAACGCGUGCUCCUGUGGACCACACGUGACGUUCUCUCCCGUGUGUGACGAGGGCAGCGGCGACACUUACUUCUCCCCGUGUCAUGCCGGCUGCAACGACAGCUACGUCAUCAAUGGUACAACGGUGUUUGGCAACUGCAGCUGCUUGCCGGGAUCUGGGACAGCGACGGCAGGUCCCUGCCCGACGGACUGUGCCUCCGUCUUCAUUGCCUUCCUCGUCACUCAGAGCGUCCUCCAGUGUCUGGAGGCGAGCGGACGCGCGGGCAACGCACUCCUGCACUUCAGGUGCGUUGACGAGAUUGACAAAGCCCAGGCAGUAGCUUUUGCUGAGGUGAUGAUGACUGGUUUCGCAUACAUUCCAGCACCAAUAAUCUAUGGAAUGAUCAUUGACUCUAGCUGCUUGGUGUGGAGUGAGACGUGCGGAUCACGCGGCAACUGCUGGCUCUACGACAUGGCCCACAUGCGUCACGCCCCAAAUAUCUUGGCGGCAGGUUUCCUGUUUUCGGGCACGUUUCUGGACAUUGGCGUGUGGUACUACGCCAAGGACGUACGGUUGUACGACGAGGAUGAGAAUGUCGGCGGUGGAGAAGACCGCGACUUGAAACUUUCUACACUUGCCGCUGCACUGUCGUGAACACAGCCUCUCCAGACAGAUGAUAUUACUUCCUGAAGGACGCCUGCCGCACUGUCACUGUCAACGAGAGCGUGCUUUUACAAAGUCUAGGGUUUCUUGGAAAGUGGGUUCCCAAAUCCCUUCCAGACUUUGAGGAAAGGUAAUGAUGUCUUGUGAGCUGAUGGAUAUCACGAAUCGAUCCUGUAACGAAAAAUUUUACGUUGUGACUCCCUCAAAAGACUGAUGUUCUGCCCUUGUAGUACCGGUCAUCUGGAAGCGGGCUUCCCAGCUUGCUUUCUAGACAAGCAGACGUGGAUUCAAGGGAAGAGUCACGCAUGUCAAGGUCCACUUCAAACAACAGUUCAGUAAAUCAAUUUAAAUUUUUGCACACAUCAGCUUCCAAAAUUUUUCAAACUUAUUUCAUUAAUGUAGCGUAUCAGCUAAGAGUGUCAACGGUGGCCAGAAAUCUACUUCAUAGUUGCUUCCCUGAGAGACAGGCUGGUGGACUGACCAGCUGCAGAAAGCAGGGGGAUAUUCCAAAAAUUAUGAAAAAAUGUUAUGCGGUUCCUGAUUAAGUACGGUCUACAUGGCACAAAUUUUAUGGAAUAGUGCCCAUUCACAGACUGACUACGUCUCUGUGACAAACAGCAAAUCCGUCAUCUUGUAACAGCACCGUUUAAAUUUUGAUUCUUAAAUUCUGAAAUAGCCUAUUAACCUAACCUUUGACGUAUGCGACCGUUACCCAAUGGUUAAGAGGAUCAAUUCUGGCAACGGAGAUGUUACAACCAGCUUUGGCUAUUUGAUAGUAUUACUCUCGGCAAAAUAUUAGCUUUGAUAUAGUCAAGAUCACUGAGAAUUUGCACUGUAUAAAAUAAUAUAUUCUCAUUAAACACAAUGGAAGAUAAGUACCACAUUCGUUUACACAAUUCAUCAUGUCUAAUCUCAGCAUACUUCUAGUAUGUCAAAAUUUUGUCACAUGCUAUUAUACUGAUGGGUACCAUCAGUCCACUCUAAAGUCCGAUGGCUGGUGCAGUUGUCACGAACACAUAGCAUCGGAACUUAGUACUUUUAUAUUUGCUAUUUUGUAAAACCAAGCGUUUUUUGUCAUUAACUGCUAUAAUGAUAACGAUUUGCUGAGGAUCAACCCAUAGUGAUAGGGACAUUUAGCAUUCUCGACACUCAGCAAUCGGUCGUUUUCCUAUUAGUGACGUGUGUAAUUGACUCAUCUCUGGGUAAUGGAUCAAGGAUCCCUUACCUUGCCAUCCUAAAAGACUUUUUAAAAGAAACUAGAAAAUGUUAUUAAUUAUUACCAAAAAAGAAGAUAAAUAACAUGAAUUUAAUAAGAAAUAAAAUUACAAUGUUUUGUAGGCAAAUUCACUCUCAUUCCAGUAGUGAACUGUUUCUGCAGAAAUAUUUUAGAAAAAAUGAUAGUACAUCUUAAUAAAAAGGAAAUUAUUUUCACA